CUCUGGGUUGCUCAAACUCAGGGUUGAGCAAGAAGCCAUGAAAUCCCUGACUGCUGAAAACUUAGAAGAGUGCCUGAUGAGUAAGGUAGAGCAGAGACGCCAGCGGCUUUCCCAGAUGACAGAAGAGGUGCAAAAAGUCAUCCACCGUCUGACCACAGAAAUAAGCCUCCAGGACAUUAGAUUUCAAGCCGUCCCUUAUUCCGACACAUGCAAUGGAAACAUUAAAGUCUUAGCGCCCACUCAGUUCCUUGUCACAGUCCCAGUGAAAGGUCUUGCUGGUUACCGGGAAGCUCGAGAGAGGCGCUGGCGAUACUACACCCUGCAGGGCACCCGGCUGCCCUGCCCGCUGAGGGAGCCCGAAGAUCUGCAGCAGUGGCUGGAGGUGGACCAGUUUGUGAAGAGCCUCUGGCAGUGGCACAAGGCAGACGUGAACAUUGAGGGGGACAUCGUGCCCGCCAAGGUCCUCCAGGUGUUCCAGAAGUUGGUGGAAAAUGCGAUUGGAGCCUGUCACCUCUCAGGGAAGGUCUGCAUGCUCUCCAACAGCAGUGCGGUGACGCUGGAGCUGGAAACUGCAGGAGGCCCCGUGGAGCUGCAGCUGGUCCCCGCCAUCGACAUUCCCAGUGCCUGGCCCGAGAAAGCCCGCUGGCCAAGGUGCCUGCAGCGCUGGCCUCCCCCUGAGAGAGUGAAGUGCAUCAAGUCAUUCGGUUUUACCUUGCUGGCCGGCUCCAGCUACCAUUGGCAGCUGAGCUUCCUGUGGGCAGAGCACGAGCUGCUGGCGCAGCUGGAUGAGGAUGGAGGAUGCCGCCGGAGGUGCCUCCAGGCGCUGAGGCAGCUGGUGGAGGAGAGCUGGUGCCCCGGACGGAGGCCAGUCGUCACAGCCCACCACCUGCAGACCGUGCUCUUCUGGACCUGCGAGAAGUACCCGCGCGGGAGGGACUGGCAGGCCUUCGGCGAGGCCUUGCUGCGGCUUGCGCGCAGGUUGCACAGGUGUUUGCGGCAGCGCUUCCUGAGGCACUACUUCGUGAGGAAGAGCAAUCUGCUGCGCCACGCCAGCCCCCGCGAGCUGGACGCCGUGGCCCAGAGACUGGCCUGCUUCUUGAAGGACCCGCGGCCCAGCGCUCCCUGA